AUGUUACCCUGGUCGGGCAGUGGAGAAGAUGCAAACUUUUGCCCUGACGCCUCCUGUUUGAUCGUAGUUGGCCUCGGCGGCAUUGGUCGAUCAAUCUGCCACUGGACGGCCGACAAGGGCGCCAGGGACAUCAUCGUCAUGUCCCGAAGCGCCGGCUCAAGCAAGAAGUCCCAUGAGGUCGUCGAGGAGGUGCGCAAGCUUGGCAUCAAGCUGCUUCCUGUCAGCUGUGAUGUGUCAGGUCCACUGGCGCUGUCACAUGCAGUCGAGGAAAGUGGAAAGACCAUGCCCCCAGACUCAAUCUUGGAGCAAAUGACACUGGAUGCAUGGCUGACCGCCACGCGUCCCAAGGUCCACGGCUCCCUGAAUCUGCACAAGCAAUUCAGCAACCCUGAAGUAGAUUUCUUCAUCAUGCUGUCCUCGCUCUCCGGCGUCACCGGCUUCGUCAGCCAGUCCAACUACGCCGCAGGCAACACGCUCCAGGAUGCUAUGGCUCUGCACCGCGUGUGCUCUGGCCUGCACGCGGUGUCCAUCGACAUUGGCAUCGUCAAUUCCGUCGGCCACCUGAUCGAGCACAAGGAGCAGAUGGAGCGCCUCCGCAAACAGUAG